AGCCUUUCAGUUGUCACACGGACACUCGACCUUUUUCCUUACACUCGCUAGUACGGUAGUUUCGAAUUCUAUCGCGGGACCGCACUGGACAGCUUCGAGCGGAUUUAUUGGUUCUGUGAUUAAAGAGAGAGUAGAUCCUGCAGUGAUAUAGUGGAGAGCUUUUUUGGGAACUUUUUAUGGACUGUUGGCUUUCAGAAGAAAGUGUUUAGUGCAUUUUUGUGAAACAGAAAACCAGCUCUGGACAGGAAGAACUUUUAUGAACUGAAAGCUCUAAAGUGUGUGAAAGAGUGUAAAGGAUAUAAUAGUGUGUUAUUGAUACAACAAUAGAAGGAUUCCCAAGUGAUCAACAGCCUAAACGUUCGCCUGUAUUCUGUCACGUCUUUUACCAGCCUCCCCCUCAAUAGGGGACAACAACUGCCACGAAGACGACGAUGAAAACGGCUAAAAUGAGAAAGACGGCGCUCGGACUUGGAUCAUUAGGUUUAAUAUUGCUCGUUCAGACUGCCUCGGCUCAACUUUUCCCUCUAACCAGUAACGACGAUAAUGCGCUGAUUCCUGCGGGAAGGAAGUUCCCCCGGCAGGCCAAUGCCGUUGCUCCCCGCUACGAUCACACUCACAUCGAGACCAUCGAUGUCACGUGUGAUCAGAAAAAUGGCAUGCUGGUGACGAUUGAGUUCGAAGCAGACUUCCAGGGAGUCAUCUACAGCCAAGGCUACUACAACGACCCCAAGUGUCGGUACGUUUCGGCCGGCAAGGGAGGACGGUCGUUUUCUUUCACGGUUCCAUUCGCCGGUUGCGGAAGCAAACCGUCCUGUUCGGUGUGUUCGUCCGUCGACAACGUGCUGGUAAUUCAAACCGAUGAAGAUGUCCAGGAAGCGUGGGAUACUGCACGGAGAAUCUCGUGCAGUCAGGUGGAACAGCAACAAAAUACUAUCUUUUUCAAACCUUUUGUGGUUGAUAUGUUGGAAGUGGUGAAUGUUCCGACUGCUACCGGAGGGGUAGAGUGCUGGAUGGAUAUCCAACGAGGAUCAUAUCCAAAUAUUUCACCAAUCCCAAGCAUAAUCAAAAUUGGAGAAGCUCUAAGUAUCCUCGUGUACUUGAGAGAUCCAAAAGGGGAGUACGACGUGUCUGUGAAGGAUUGCUACGCAUACGAUAGCCCUGAAUACGAUGCAUCCGGCACCAGGAGACUACAGUUAUCCGAUAAGAACGGCUGUUCUCGAAAGAAGAAACUUUUCGGUCUAUGGGAAAAAACUACUCAAACAGGAAGCUCUGGUGCCACACUUAUUCUGCACAACAAUAUCAAAGCGUUCAAAUUCCCAGACAGAAUGCAGGUGUUCUUAAAGUGUGAUAUUGAAAUCUGUAGAGGAGGAUGUGGUCCUCAGGUGUGUGAAAUCGAAGAAUUAGUCAAAACGGUUGAUAAAUCGACUACCCAGCGGCCAACUGCAGUAACAGCCAUACAACCGACACGGGGAACACGCCCACCACAAACUGCUCCUACAUCUUUCCCCACUCGUCAACCACCCACAUACACUACCGGAGCUCCUCCAAGAAGAACUCGUCCAACAAGACCAUCAACCGUUGCACCAUCGACGCGUCAACCUACCGCAACAGCUCCACACGUCAGCGAACCCGACCAACAGUCACCACCACAACGGAAUUUGUAUGUGCACCAGGUUCCACUGAUGAUCGUUGCAAUGCAGUUUUAGUUACCGAAAGGCCAAACUGCCGUCGAGGUUCAAGAGAUCCACGGUGUAGGCAACCAACCACAGCAGCUCCAGUUACAACACCAGCACCUCUCCGUUGCUUCCCAGGAUCCACCGACCCCCGUUGUCCAACUGUCCCUACAACACCAGCCCCUCCUCGAUGUUUCCCAGGCUCCACUGACCCACGUUGUCCAACUGUUCCUACAACACCAGCCCCUCCUCGAUGCUUCCCAGGAUCGACCGAUCCACGGUGCCCAACUACAGCGCCGGAAACAACAACAGCUACCCUCCGUUGUUUUCCGGGAUCCACCGACCCUAGAUGUCCAACAACUGCUCGUCCAUCUCCAACACGUGGAACUCGUCCAACUGGUCGAGGCACACGUCCAACAGGUAGAGGAACCCGGCCAACACGUCCUACAACGGCAGCCCCAACAUAUAUUCCACCAGUUGAAAGCCAAAGGACCACCGCUGCUCCAGACUGCUAUCCCGGAUCUAAUGAUCGUCGUUGCCCUCGACCAGUUCCAUCAACUCCUAGACCAGUGGGCGAAAUUGAAGAAGCUUCUGGACCAUCCUGCUUCCCUGGUUCUAAUGAUCCUCGAUGUCGAACACCAGUCCUUCGUUGUCCUCCUGGUACAACUGAUCCACGUUGUCCUGGGGCUACUCGACCAGCUCCUUCAACAACGCGAGCCCCAGCACCAACGACACCGGCACCACCUCGCUGCUCUCCGGGAUCAACUGACCCUCGCUGCCCUCAGACAUCCCCAGCGCCCAGAUGUUUCCCUGGAUCUCGCGAUCCAGCAUGUUACGAAAAAACAGACUCCCCAACAUAUUUACCCCCACAAGAGGCUACUACUGCAGCUCCAAGGUGUUAUCCAGGUUCAUCUGAUCCAAGGUGUCCUCAAACUACCCCUCGUCCAACGACUCCAGCUCCACCACGUUGCUACCCUGGUUCUACUGAUCCUCGUUGUCCAACACUGCCACCUACAACCACCAUUGCGGAACCUCGAUGCUACCCAGGUUCAACUGAUCCCAGAUGUCCACAGACCACACCUAGGCCAACGGCACCACCUUUACGAUGCACUCCAGGAUCCACCGAUCCUAGAUGUCCUCAACCAACAACACCCCCACCACCACGAUGCUUCCCCGGAAGCACAGACCCAAGAUGUCCUCAAACCACAACACCCAGACCAGUUCCAACCACUCCGGCCCCUCCGAGAUGUUAUCCAGGGUCACCAGAUCCGAGGUGUCCUCAAACUUCUCCAAGACCAACCACCCCUGAAGCACCACGAUGCUUCCCUGGAAGCACGGAUCCAAGAUGCCCUCAAACAACUACCUCGCGACCAGCUCCAACCACAACAUCUGCUCCAAGAUGUUAUCCUGGUUCCAACGAUCCGAGAUGCCCACAAACCACAACUCCAGCUCCUCUUAGAUGUGUCCCUGGUAGUACUGAUCCACGUUGCCCUCAAACCACACCUGCUCCCAGAUGUUAUCCUGGAUCAACUGACCCGCGGUGUCCAACUACCCCGAGACCUCAACCGUCAACAACUCCGGCAUGCUAUCCAGGUUCCUCUGAUCCUAGAUGCCCAACAACAGCAAGACCAACUACUCAGGCGCCACGCUGUUAUCCUGGAUCAAGUGAUCCAAGAUGCCCACAAACAACUGCUGCUCCGACGUAUUUGCCGCCAUCGCAACCGAGCACUACGGCCGCUCCACGAUGCUAUCCAGGUUCCAACGAUCCUCGAUGUCCAACGCCUCCUUCAACUACCCAAGGACCGAGAUGUUAUCCAGGAUCAACUGAUCCUCGUUGUCCACAAACCACUCCUAGGCCAACAACUCCUCCACCACCAAAAUGCUAUCCAGGAAGCACUGACCCCAGAUGUCCACAACCUACCACGCCACGCCCGGUGCCAACUACAACACCAGCCCCUAGAUGCUACCCGGGAUCGACAGAUCCUCGUUGCCCUACUACACCAAGGCCGCAACCGACAACAACUCAAGGCCCAAGGUGCUAUCCCGGAUCAACGGAUCCUCGUUGUCCACAGCCAACUACUACACCUGGGCCACGGUGUUACCCAGGUUCGUCUGACCCCAGAUGUCCACAACCUACCACACCACGCCCGGUGCCAACUACAACAGCUGCCCCUAGAUGUUACCCGGGAUCGACAGAUCCUCGUUGCCCUACUACACCAAGGCCGCAACCGACAACAACUCAAGGCCCUAGGUGCUAUCCCGGAUCAACGGAUCCUCGUUGUCCACAGCCAACUACUACGCCUGGGCCACGGUGUUAUCCAGGUUCAUCUGACCCCAGGUGUCCCACAACUCCAAGACCACAGCCAACAACUACCCCUGCACCUCGAUGCUAUCCAGGAUCAUCAGAUCCUCGAUGCCCAACUACUCCGAGGCCAGCCACAGAACCAGCUACGUAUCUUCCACCUGUGUCGCAAACUACGCCUGCACCACGAUGCUAUCCAGGAUCAAGUGAUCCUCGUUGUCCAACCACACCUCGCCCGCAACCAUCGACCACUCCUGCUUUGCGUUGCUACCCAGGCUCAAGUGACCCGCGUUGUCCAACUACUCCACGUCCACAACCAACUACUACCGCGGCACCACGAUGCUAUCCAGGUUCAAGUGAUCCACGAUGUCCAACAACACCUCGUCCACAACCCACUACCACUCCAGCACUACGUUGCUAUCCAGGUUCAACCGAUCCACGUUGUCCAACAACUCCUCGUCCACAACCAACAACAACUCCAGCACCACGUUGUUAUCCUGGAUCAACUGAUCCACGCUGUCCUCAACCAACAACCACACCGGCUCCACGAUGCUAUCCAGGUUCUACAGAUCCACGAUGCCCAACAACUCCACGACCACAACCAACUACGACUCCUCGACCGCAACCAACAACAACCGCUGCUCCACGGUGCUAUCCAGGGUCGUCGGAUCCACGGUGCCCAACGACGCCACGACCACAACCAACUACAACUCCUCGACCGCAACCAACCACAACUGCUGCUCCACGAUGCUAUCCAGGGUCGUCAGAUCCACGGUGCCCUACGACACCACGACCACAACCGACAACUACUCCAGCUCCAAGAUGUUACCCGGGAUCAACUGAUUCUAGAUGUCCUACCACUCCAAGACCAACCACACAAGCUGCCACAUAUCUUCCCCCGGAGACCUCAGCUGCACCACGAUGCUAUCCAGGCUCUCCUGAUCCUCGUUGUCCUGUUCAAACCACUUCACGGCCCAACUGCUAUCCAGGAAGUACGGAUCCACGCUGCCCACGGCCUGUGAGCACAACUCCACGACCGAUUCCAUCAACUACUCCUGCGUUGAGAUGUUAUCCAGGUUCUACGGAUCCUAGAUGUCCAACGACUCCGCGACCGAGCCCCACUACCACCGCAGCUCCAGCCUGUUAUCCAGGAUCACAAGAUCCUCGUUGCCCACGACCGACAACGCAAAGACCUGUGCCUACUACCACACCA